UUCAGAUUGGCUCGAUAGGUUGUGUAUGGUGCUGGGGACUUUGGCUGCCAUCAUCCACGGAGCUGGACUCCCCCUCAUAAUGCUUGUGUUUGGAGACAUGACGGAUAGCUUUGCAGGUUUUGGAAAUUUCGGAAACAUAACUUUUUCAAACAUGACUAAUGAAAUCAACUAGGUACUAUAGACAGAACAGAGUAUGGCAAGAAGCUGGAGAAGGAAAUGACCACGUACGCCUACUAUUAUUACUCUGGAAUUGGUGCUGGCGUGCUUAUUGCCGCUUACAUCCAGGUCUCGUUCUGGUGUCUGGCUGCUGGAAGACAAGUACACAGAAUCAGAAAACAGUUUUUUCAUGCCAUCAUGCAACAGGAGAUAGGCUGGUUUGAUGUGCAUGACGUUGGAGAACUUAACACCCGCCUCACAGAUGACAUCUCCAAAAUUAAUGAAGGAAUUGGUGACAAAAUCGGAAUGUUCUUUCAGGCAAUGGCGACAUUCUUCACCGGUUUUAUAAUAGGAUUUACAAAAGGUUGGAAGUUCACCCUUGUGAUUCUGGCCAUCAGUCCUGUUCUUGGCCUGUCAGCUGCUAUCUGGGCAAAGGUCUUCUUUUCUGUAUUACUUGGAACUUUUAGUAUUGGACAGGCAUCUCCAAACAUUGAGGCAUUUGCAAACGCAAGAGGAGCAGCUUAUGAAGUCUUCAAGAUCAUUGAUAACAAACCAAGCAUCAACAGCUCUUCAAACACUGGGCACAAACCCGACAAUAUUAAAGGAAAUCUGGAAUUCAGAAAUGUUCACUUCCAUUCCCCAUCUCGAAACGAAGUUAAGAUCUUGAAGGGCCUCAACUUGAAGGUAGGGAGUGGGCAGACGGUGGCCCUGGUUGGGAACAGCGGCUGUGGGAAGAGCACCACCGUCCAGCUGAUGCAGAGGCUGUAUGACCCCACGGAGGGCAUGGUCAGUAUCGACGGACAGGAUAUCAGGACCAUCAACGUAAGGUAUCUGCGGGAGAUUAUCGGGGUGGUGAGUCAGGAGCCUGUGCUGUUUGCCACCACGAUAGCUGAGAACAUUCGCUACGGCCGUGAAGAUGUCACCAUGGAUGAGAUUCAGAAAGCUGUGAAGGAAGCCAACGCCUAUGACUUUAUCAUGAAACUGCCUAAUAAAUUUGACACCCUGGUUGGAGAGAGAGGAACCCAGCUAAGCAGUGGACAGAAGCAGAGAAUCGCCAUCGCCCGGGCCCUGGUUUGCAACCCCAAGAUCCUCCUGCUGGAUGAGGCCACCUCAGCGCUGGACACGGAGAGUGAAGCGGUGGUUCAGGUGGCCCUGUAUAAGGCCAGAGAAGGCCAGACCACCAUUGUGACAGCGCAUCGUCUGUCCACGGUUCGCAAUGCUGACGUCAUCGCUGGUCUUGAUGAUGGAGUCAUCGUGGAGGAAGGCAGUCAUGAUGAGCUAAUGGGGAAGAGGGGCAUUUACUUCAAACUUGUCACAAUGCAGACAAAAGGAAAUGAACUUGAAUUAGAGAAUACCCCUGGUGAAUCCCUAAGUAAAAUUGAUGACUUGUACACGUCCUCUGAAGAUUCAAGAUCCAGUCUAAUCAGAAGAAAAUCAACUCGCAGGAGUAUCCGUGGAUCCCAAAGCCAGGACAGAAAGCUCAGUACAGAAGAAACUUUGAAUGAAAGUGUACCUCCCGUUUCCUUUUGGAGGAUUCUGAAGCUGAAUAUAACUGAAUGGCCUUAUUUUGUGGUUGGUGUGUUUUGCGCCAUUGUAAAUGGAGGUCUGGAACCAGCAUUGUCAGUCACACUUUCAAGGAUGAUAGGAAUCUUCACCAGAGAUGACGAUGACGAAACCAAACGACAGAACAGUAACUUGUUUUCACUGUUGUUUCUAAUCCUUAGAAUUAUUUCUUUUAUUACAUUUUUCCUUCAGGGCUUCACGUUCGGCAAAGCGGGCGAGAUCCUCACCAGGCGGCUGCGGUACCUGGUUUUCAGGUCGAUGCUGAGACAGGAUGUGAGCUGGUUCGAUGACCCUAAAAACACCACGGGAGCACUGACGACCAGGCUUGCCAAUGACGCCACUCAAGUUAAAGGGGCUGUAGGUUCCAGGCUUGCUGUAAUUACCCAGAAUAUUACAAAUCUUGGCACAGGCAUUAUCAUAUCCCUCAUCUAUGGCUGGCAGUUAACACUUCUCCUGUUAGCAAUUGUACCCAUCCUUGCAAUAGCAGGAGUUAUUGAAAUGAAAAUGCUGUCUGGACAAGCCCUGAAAGAUAAGAAAGAACUAGAAGGUGCUGGGAAGAUUGCCACUGAAGCGAUAGAAAACUUCCGGACUGUUGUUUCUUUGACUCGGGAGGAGAGGUUUGAAUAUAUGUACGCCCAGAGUUUGCAGGUACCAUACAGAAACUCUUUGAGGAAAGCACAUGUCUUUGGAAUUGCAUUUUCCAUCACCCAGGCAAUGAUGUAUUUCUCCUAUGCUGGCUGUUUCCGGUUUGGUGCCUACUUGGUGGCCCAAGGCAUCAUGGAGUUUCAGGAUGUUCUCUUAGUGUUCUCAGCUGUUGUCUUUGGUGCCAUGGCUGUGGGACAGGUCAGUUCGUUUUCUCCUGACUAUGCCAAGGCCAAAGUGUCAGCAGCCCACGUCAUCAAUAUCAUUGAAAAUACUCCUCUGAUCGACAGCUACAGCACGGAAGGCCUAAAGCCGAGUACAGUGGAAGGAAAUGUGGCAUUUAAUGACGUCGUGUUCAACUACCCGACUCGACCAGACGUCCCGGUGCUUCGGGGGCUGAGCCUGGAGGUGAAGAAGGGCCAGACGCUGGCCCUGGUGGGCAGCAGCGGCUGCGGGAAGAGCACGGUGGUCCAGCUCCUGGAGCGGUUCUAUGACCCCUUGGCUGGCACAGUGUUUAUCGAUGGCAAGGAAGUAAAGCAGCUGAAUGUCCAGUGGCUGCGUGCACACAUGGGCAUCGUGUCCCAGGAGCCCAUUCUGUUUGACUGCAGCAUCGGCGAGAACAUCACCUACGGAGACAACAGCCGGGUCGUGUCCCAGGAGGAGAUUGAGCACGUGGCCAAGGAGGCCAACAUCCACUCCUUCAUCGAGAUGCUGCCGGACAAAUACAACACCAGAGUAGGGGACAAAGGAACUCAGCUCUCUGGUGGCCAGAAACAGCGCAUUGCCAUAGCGCGCGCCCUUGUUAGACAGCCUCACAUCUUGCUUCUGGAUGAAGCUACCUCGGCUCUGGACACGGAAAGUGAAAAGGUGGUCCAAGAAGCCCUGGACAAAGCCCGAGAGGGCCGCACCUGCAUCGUGAUCGCUCACCGGCUGUCCACCAUCCAGAACGCAGACUUGAUAGUGGUGUUUCAGAAUGGCAGAGUCAAGGAGCACGGCACACACCAGCAGCUGCUGGCACAGAAAGGCGUCUAUUUCACCAUGGUCAGUGUCCAGGCUAGAGCAAAGCACUAGUGAACGGUGACCAUAUAAGCUGUCAAAUAUUGUCUUAUAGUACUUGUGUUAAAAUAUGGCAGUUAAUCAAAAUUAAAAAGCGAACACUUACCAGAGAAAAUAUGUAGAGUUACUUAUUUAACAUUUCCUGCCGCAAUGGAAGAUCCAUCCCACUCUGUUCUGGGUCUUCAGAGACUUUAUAAUUGAAAGAACAGAAAGAAGCAUCAUCGACGGGAGUAAAUCAGUGGGUUUGCAUUAGACAAGUUAUAGAGUCAUUCAAAGUAGAUUUUGUUCAUAAAGUGUAUAAUUUUUGUUUAUAUUUUCUUAUUCGAACUGUAACUGACGACCCUGCUAAAAGAUUAUAGAAGUAGCAAAAAGUACUGAAUGUUUGCACAUAGUGCCUAUAAUAAAACUAAACUUUUAUAUGACUGGAGUCAUCUUGUCUGAAGUGCCUGUAAAUCUGUCAUCUCUCACUUGGACUAUUGAAGAUCAUUUCUGCACUUAAAAAAAAGGAAUUCUUUAAAAACCUCCAUUAAUUUUGUAAGAAUGGUUAAACUAUAUAUUAAUUCCUGUUGUACAUGUCUUUUCACAUUGUGUUCUACAAAGCCAUAUGGCUUUCUUCUUCUUGAACUUGAUCCUGCUGAUUCUUGUAUUUCCACAUUAUGCUGACUCUCAGACCAGUCACAUAGAUCAGUACAGGAUUUUAGGGGCUGAAAUGGGCAGAGGAUGGACAGCUGUGAAGCAUGUACUGUCAUGUAUGUUGACUAUGUUGCAUUGGUCUUAUAAAGGGCUUUUACAGAA